CACGGAGCGCACGGAAGACGUUAAACGAGUGAAACGGCGGAAUGUGAGCAGAACGCGACCUCUCGUUUGGCGGUCAGCUUCUCUGUUGCUAAGGACGCGAAAAGAGACGGAGUCGUGAUUUUUCGCUGCAUUGGCGGAUUUGGAGAUCGGGAGUGUGUUCUUUGAGUUACUUAAGCCUAAGCCUUAGGUGCCUCGGUAAAAGAAGAAGUGGAGUAUGUAACCGGGGAAAGUGCGGACAAAGAUUUAAUUGCUCUGGAAGGUGCACUGACUGAAACACACACAGCGCUGGCGCUGCUGCAGUGAGUGACGAGUGAGAAUUUGGUGAUCAAGCACAGCAGAGAGUGGAUAACUGGGGAACUGUGUCCACGCCGGGGUCUCGCUGUGGACUGAAGUCUCUCUCUCUCUCACACACACUCACACACACAGGAGUGACACACACACACAGUGGAUGUUCCCCGGCGGUGCGCCUCUUCCAGAAGAGACAGUGCUUCGUGUUUCCAGCUCGCCCCCCAUUUGAAUGCCUUUGCCGGGGUUUUGUGGGGUGCUGUGCUGCAGGCAAGGCUUCAGUUUGCUGGCGCGGGACUAUGGGGACAAGGAAGAGGAGGAGGAGUCCCUGGAGCUGCGCAGCGCGGACGAGCGCGCGUGCAACGGACGGGGACCACAGGAGGUGACUGUCUCUCAGCCCACCCGCACGGUCAACGUGAAAAAUGGGCUGUCAGAAGUUCCAGAGGAGAUGAGAAGUCUGAUCUUGGAAAAGGGCAAGAUGGGUUUUGAGGAGGAUCCCGAGCUCGUUGUCAAAGGCUGGUUGUACCGGGAGGUGCCGGGGACCUGGAUCUGGCAGCGGAGGCACUGGUUCGUCUUGACCCAGGACUCGCUGGAUUACUACAGCAGCCCGGAACGCGGCGCUCGCCGGCUCGGCACCCUGGUCCUCACGAGCCUCUGCUCGGUCAUCUGGCCCGACAAGCAGACGUACAAGGAGACAGGGUACUGGAGCAUCACGGUGUAUGGACGAAAGCACUGCUACCGGCUAUACACAAAGCACUUCAACGAGGCUGUACACUGGGCCUGUGCUAUCCAGAAGGUCGUCGACAGCAAGGCGCCCGUGGAAACGCCCACCCAGAUCCUUAUCCGCGACAUCGAGGAGAACAAGCCGAACGAGGAGGUGCUGGAGCACAUAUACAGGCACAACCCCAUCCUCAAGUACACGCAGAGCCCUCUGUACGCGCCACUGCUGCCCUUUCCCUACGGCAGCCUGGAUCACGUCCAACACAGCGGGAAGGGCUACACGGCGCUGCGAGAAGAGGCGGUGAGGCUCUUCAACUCGCUGCAGCAGUUGGAGGCGGCGCGCGACCCCGUGCCUCUCAUCCAGGGCGUGCUGCAGACGUGCUUGGACCUGUGGCCGCUGCGCGACGAAGUCUACUGCCAGCUGGUGAAGCAGACGAGCGGCGCGCCGCAGCCCGACGCACCCACCCAGUUGCGCUACUGGCAGCUGCUCACCUGCAUGAGCUGCACUUUCCUGCCAGGGACACCUGUCCUCAAGUACCUGCGCUUCCACCUUGACAGGGUGCGGAGCCAUCAUCCCAACACGGAAGUGGACGGCUAUGCCUCCUUCAUUUUGGAGGCCCUGAAGAAGACGCGCUGCCGUGAGUGCGUGCCAUCCUGGGAGGAGAUCCAAGUGCUCAUGGGCCGACGGGAAAUGCUGUGCGUGGUGCACUUCCCCGGGCAGGGCUCCUGCCGGAUGCCCGUUACCUCCCACACCACCGCCGAUGAGCUGGCGAGGACGAUCUCGGAGCGCCUGGGGCUGCAGCGCAGCCGCAACACGUUCGCUCUGUUCGAGCGCAGCGCGCAGCACGAGUGGCCCGUGGGGGGCGGCACCAUCAUCGCGGACAUCCUCACCAGGUUUGAAAACCUCUCGGCUAAAGAUCCCGAGUCGGACGGUCAGCGGAGACUCUACUUCAAGCUCUACUGCCUGCUGGACGUGGACAGCAUUUGCGUGGACAGCAUCGAGUACACGUUCCUCUUCGAGCAGUGCCACGAAAUGAUGGUCCGAGGGCAACUUCCUGCAUCGGAGGAGGACCUCCAGGCUCUCGCGGCGUUGCGGCUGCAGUGGAUGAUGGGAGAUUUCAGCAUCCACUCCCCCUGCCCUCCGCUGGACGAGCUCUUCCCUGGCAACGUAGUGGAGGCACGUGUCCUGCUGGCGCUGAAGAACCCCUCGCCAACCACGCCUGGAAGCACUCCGGCCCCGCCUCCCAGCUGCCCACAGCGCUUCCCCGGCGGCCUCCUGGCGGGGGCGCUGUGGAGCCACGCGACUGCCCACAAGCAGAGGAUGGCGCAGGACCUGCGGCUACGCGGGCGGCUGAAAGAGGAGGGGGCGGCCAUCAUGGGCGCCAUCGUGGAGCGAUGGAAGAGCCUGGUUGGCUACAGCCAGAAGGACAGCAUGGCGGCCUACCUCGCCAUCGCGAGACGGUCGCCCGGCUUCGGCUGCACGCUCUACGAGGUCGAUUUCUACAUAAGCUCCACCGGAAGUUUCUCCCAGAAGCUGUGGCUGGGCGUGGCAGCCAAGUGCGUCUCGCUGUACCGGCAGGGCGAGGUGGAGGCCCUCGAGUCCUUCCCCUACGGACAGAUUUGCUCCUACGAGGUGUCGGACACCAACACUUUCAAGAUCACGGCCGGCGACCGCGACCUGCUCUUCGAGACAAACAAGCUGACGGAGAUCGUGCAGCUCAUGAACGCCUACUUGAGCGCCACGCAUCAACGCCAGGUCCCUGCAGACAGCACGUACACCGAGGGGGGGUUCUGCCUCGCUCCCUCCGCCCAGGAGCUGUCGUCUCCCUCCGUGUGACAGGCCCCCUCCCGCCCAGCGACAGCUGGAAGACGUCGAACCUUCGUCGAUUCAUGUCUCCAGAGCUGAGCAACGUGGUGAGGAAGGUGGAUUCUUUACCCCUCCACAAGUGCACUUUUCCAAGCUGGUCACGGUCUCUGCUCCACUUGUGUUCCCACACCCCGGGGCUGGGAUUGGGUGCGAAGGGCUGCCAGACUUCGGCUCUGCGUAUGAGCCGCGGCCUUGUUUUUCCUGUAGCGGACAAAAGAGCGGCGGUGCGUGAACUUGUUGGAGUCGGGGACAAUCGUUAGAGUCUCUCCGUUGACACUAAGUGCGCUGCUGUGGUCCAGCGUCGCGAUGACUUUGGCGAGGAAGACGAAGGUGCGAAAUUCCUCCUGCCACUGCCAAAGGGUUUUGUUCCGCUCCAAAGAGCAACGUAGCUGGGUCCCAGUUUGCCGUCAAAGAGCCCCAACGUCUUUCCCAAUGGGGUCUUUCCCGAUUUUGGUGUUGCUGCCGUCACAAGACCGCAGCACGGUGUCGGCGUGGUCAACACCGUUUCGUACAGCGCAUAACACCGACAUGCGGGAUACACGCAGAGCAACUGCACUCACAUGACACGCCAUCCUUGUCGACUGCUGGUGACCACAGUGUCUCCAGAAGGUUCUGUCCUCCGCUCGUGUCCUGCAGAAGGGCGUGUCCAUCGUCACGCGAUUUGAGUCCGUUCAUCCGGGAGCUCGUCAUCCUUUUCUUCAUUUUCCUGACUUUUCCCAGCAUUACUGUUUUUCUGAGGAAAUGCAACCUAAUCAUGACAUGUUUGCAGCAUGAUGACCUCGUGCUUCACCAGAAUAACCUACUUUCUCCCCCCUACUGAUUUCAAGCCAGCCCCCC